AUGCUGACCCUAGAUUCAGAUCCAGAUGAAUAUGUCGAUGUUACGGAAGAGUUCAUUGACUCUUUGAAGAAGGUAAAAAGCGGGAAGGUAGUCCAAUCAAAGCUUUUCAAUCUUUUAGAAGGGACAAGAGCUGUUGAAAUUAGUAACCCGAAGUUGGACACGGGCUUAAUAUCUCUUAACGAAGCAGAAAUCAACUUCGAUCCCAGAGAACCCCAGUCUAUCGAGGAAAUAAUAGGUAUAUGCAAUAAACUACUUAAGCUGCUCAUCAGCUGGUUAAAUAGCAGUUCAUUGCCAGUGACAGUUUUAAGCUGUAGAUAUGUUCAAACAAUUCUAGACAACUAUCGAAGCUCACCUGGUUCUCUAGGGACACUAAAGGCUUGUACUUUUGAACUCAAACGGCUAAAAGCGCGAGAGUACGAUGAAGGAUCUUUGGAAUACAAAUUGAUUAAUACGUUCCUACGGUCAUUUGUUCUCGGAUUGAGUAAGUUCAUUGGAUUUUGUUUAAAUAUGGCCUACAAUGUUCUUUACGAAGAAGAAGAUUUAACGACUAGGGCCAUGGAGUUGAAUUUUUUAUCAGAAGUUCCAUUGAAUGUUCUACUCAAUGAUAUUAAUGAAACUAUCUCAUGGAUAAAGGAUUCCAUCGACAUGAAGUAUCAGCCUAUUUUUCUUGGAUACCUCGAGUUGGCCGAAAGUAUGGCUAAAAUAGAAUCGGUCUUGAAUAUAUCUGUUCUGUUAUUUGGUGUUAAUUCGCUGAUAGAUAAUCAAACAGAGUUUUUGACAAGAGCUGUAGGCUACAUCGAGGAAGUUAAAAAAGUCGAAGAAUAUCCUGUUCCCGAUGGUUCAUUUUCUCAGUUUGUUCAAAUGGAUAUGAGCAAUAAGAAUAUUCCAACUGAUUUAUAUGAAGUAUCACAAGCUGAAACUUUCACCAACUUGACUUGCAUGUUCACAUCAAUAUAUGAUUUCAUUCAAAAAUUUGCAAAAAUCGAAAAUAUGGUUCAGUUGGCGUCGUUUUUAAGGUUCGAAGUUGGUUAUAAAAUCCAUUCAAAUUACAACGUCAUAUCUCGUGGAAUUUUUCAGCUUUUUCUAAUAAGAGACGAUAAGUCAAUAGUAGGAUCUCACGACAACAUUGGAAGUCUUACCUUGAAGUCAAUUGAAAACCUUGUUGGAAAAAAUUCCUCCAUUUUCAAUCACCAUCAAUGGAAUAUUCAAGGAACUGCUCAAUUCGCCCUGACUACCAAGAACGAAAUUUUUAACAAAUUGAAUCUCAUAUUCGGUGAUUUGGAAAGUGGAAUAUAUCACUACUUAAAUGUCGUGGGUAAUAACAGAUGCCGUCAAAGGCAAUUGAUGUCUAAAAGUUUACUAAUAUGGGAUACUCUUCAAGUAAACUUUGAAUCUUUCGAAAUAGAACUAUGGGAAAGAUUUAAAAUAGGAGAUAUCCUCGUCAACGAGGAUGCUGCAUUGAGUCUCAGUUCUUUUAUUUAUUAUAUGAAACUCGAUGCCAUGAUAGAGACAGCGUUAUUAGGGUUCGAGUUAGAAUUAUACAAGGAGUUUGAAUUCUGUUUAAUCUUUUGGUAUGUGUCAUACUUGUCACAGAUAAUGAUAGAGCACUUGACAAUGAGAAUUAAUGGAAUAUUAGAACAGAAAAUUAAUUUUAUUGAAAUAACAGUACCAAAAAGAAUUAAAAAAUUGAAAGCGGGACCCAAAAAAAACAGUCUUAAAGAGACAAAUAAAAAUCUCUCUGAGCAGGUUCUUCCAAGUUUGCAAAAGACUUUGAACUACAAUAAAGGAUAUCUCGUCAAGCAAUACAUUGCAUUACAGAGUCUAUCUGAGGGGUUGAAAAUGUUCAUUAUUGUCCUCUCUUCUUUAAACAUCAUCGGUCUUUUCGCCCCCAAAAAAUCCAUUACUAGCCCAGAACUUCUAUUCGAAUUAAGAAUGAAACCUUGGUCAAGUAUUGGUGUUCCCGUGUUACCUAACUUCGCCCAAUAUAAGCAAUCUGUCAGUCUUGGGUUGUUAGAUGAACAGGAAAAACGCAUUGGGCUUCGAAAGCUCUUGCACGUUGCGAUUGGGAAAUUCAAUCAAAGUAAGCUGACAUACGCUAAUAUAUUACAAUUCAUUAAUGAAAACGACGACCAGUUCAUGGGUGCUGCUAUUGUUGAAUGGUACAGUAAUCUCUCGAAGACCUGUGUAAUGUAUUCACUUGAAGCCACUUCAUUAAUAAAAAUUUUGGAAGGGGACAAUAUUGAAGUUGAAAAUUUUAAAAUUGAGAUUGAUAAGGGCUAUCAUGUUGAUUUCCCCAAACUUUCUAUAAUUGCCCUGCAUUCUUGUACAUAG